AUGGCGUGUACUGAGGUCGUCACUCCGUUGCUGACAGACCUGUACCAGCUCACCAUGGCAUACGCCUACUGGAAAUCAGGUCGCCACCACCUCUUCACCACCUUUGACCUGUUUUACCGCCAGCCCCCGUUUGGCGGCUCCUUCAUCGUCUUUGCCGGUCUUCAAGACUCCAUUCGUUUCAUUGCCUCUUUUCGCUUUCAACCAGACCACAUUCGCUAUAUUUCCACCGUCAUCCCUGGUUGCCAUCCCGCUUUCCUCACAUGGCUCCAGUCCCUCGACUGCACCAAAGUUCGCGUCGAUGCCCUCAGAGAAGGCUCCAUAGCCCACCCUAAUGUACCAUUAAUGAAAGUAUCCGGCCCGCUUGCCGUUGUACAGCUCCUCGAGACUACGUUGCUCAACUUGGUAAAUUACGCAAGCUUGGUCGCCACCAACGCCCAUCGAUUCCGAAUCGCUGCAGGCCCGGAAACUCUCCUACUCGAGUUCGGUCUCAGGCGUGCUCAGGGCCCCAAUGGCGCCCUCACCGCCUCAAAAUACUGCUACCUAGGCGGCUUUGAUGCCACCAGUAAUGUUGCAGCUGGCUUCAAAUUUGGAAUUCCUGUCAAAGGAACCCACGCUCAUGCCUAUGUUCAGAGCUUCCACGGAAUCGAGGAUAUUGUCCGCAUCACUGCGUCAAUACACAAGCCUGAUGGUUCCCAUCUUGAUUUUCAGCGUUUUGCGACCCGUGUCUUAGAAGUGCGACGUUUGCUGGGCUCGGAGCAUUGUACUUCAGAUGGAGAGUUAGCCUCUUUCAUUGCCUAUGCCGCAGCGUACCCCUCCUCCUUUUCCGCCCUCGUCGAUACUUACAGCACUCUUAAAUCUGGUGUCCCAAACUUUAUGUAUGUCGCUUUGGUACUUUCGGAACACGGGUUAUCUGCACUGGGUGUCAGACUUGAUUCAGGGGAUCUUGUCGCGCUUUCUUUAAGAGUGCAUGAGCUUUUUUCUUCCCUAGCAAGUCAGUACGGGGCAAUCUGUAAACCAUCAACAGAUCACCACCUCGUAAUGAUAAAACGGUUGUCCAUUGUCGUCACCAAUGACAUAACUGUAGACUUUCUAGAAGAUAUUCGCUCCAGGGAGCACAGGAUAUCUGCACUCGGGGUAGGCACACAUCUCGUCACAUGCAGGGAAACUCCAGCUUUGGGAUGCGUCUUUAAAUUAUCCAGCAUCUCUGGUGUUCCACGAAUGAAGUUUUCUGAAGAGUGGCACAAAAGUUCUGUGCCAGGAGAUAAACAAGUGAUUCGCGUUCGAGAUGCCAAGGGGAAUUUGUACGACGUGCUUAUGCUAGCAUGCGAACGUCCGCCAGUGAUAGGAGAAAAAUGCGUGCUCAAGACUCGUUCAAACCCAUCAAGGACAGUCAGCGUCGUUCCAACUGUUGUGGAGUCGCUACUGCGCCCAUCAUGGGACGGCCAGAUUCAGGGCGACAUCGGCGAUUCGUUUCAGUACCUCAAGUCGGCUCGGGAUGCUCUUAAGACUGAAUCUGAUUUGAUUCCGAAGUAUAGAGAAGAAAACGUUCUCAUGUCACAAAAGCUGUUCGCGAUGAUAGAUGAGAUUUGGCAAUCACAGUUUACGGGCAUGGGUCCGUCCAUCCAGAAAAUCUGA